GGCGCCAUCUGUGGGAAUCCGAGCUAAAAGCCUUAAUUAGCGGCUAUCGCAAUGGUGAACACACGCUCAGCACAACACGGAAGCCCUCAACAAGGGCGUGGCAGAGGUCAGCUUCCCAGUGGGAACCCCCCAUCUCACACCACCCCACCCCCUACAACCCAACCUCAGCAUAUAGAGGGAACCGGGGAAAACAAUCCAAAUUUAGCAGAAAACCUGAACCCCAUAGCCUCCCAACUCAAUAUCAUGCAGCAGCAGCUCGACGUGUUUCAACUUGUGCUCGCGCAACUGCUAGCCAGGGAUAACCCAGGCGACCCUCUCAUUGCCCUACUCAAUCCCACUAACCAAAUACCUACCCAACAGCCUCAACACAAUAUGACCUCACCAGCUCGAACUGCGACUUUACCUCGCAACAACUCUCCAGCCCACUCACACAUGGCACCUCUUCCUCAACCCCCACCUCAGCCGGCCAUCUCAGAUCUUCCCAAGGGGAACUCCGAAAAAAUACUACCCGAGAAUCGAACUCCACAAACUCCGGCACUCCCGAGUUCCACCCCAAUCCCCACCCCCCUCAAUUCCAACAUUCUCCAAGAGCCAUACCCAUCAGGGUUCCGAAUGCCACAGCUCGAAACAUACGACGGCACUAAAGACCCCGAUGACCACUUGCAUGCCUUCUGCUCCGUUAUGCAGGCUCAGAAUGCCUCAGAUGCCUUGAUAUGCAAGAUAUUUCCUUCUACAUUGCGAGGAAACGCUCGAACCUGGUAUUAUAGCUUGCAGCCGGACUCGAUCAGUUCCUAUGCCGAGCUUACAGCGUUCUUCGCAACCAAGUUCUCCAGCCGUCGGUUAAUUAAGAAGACGACCUCCGAGCUCAUGCGAGUGACCCAAAGGGAAGGCGAAUCCCUUAAAAAUUAUAUGAAUAGGUUCAACGACGCAGUGCUCGAGAUCAGCUCCUUCAAUCAUGGUGUGGGGUUGGCUGCAUUGAUCGCGGGCCUCAAGCAUGACAGAUUUCGCGAUAGCCUGAUCAAACACGCACCUGCCGCCUUUGAUGAGGCCAAUGAAAGAUCGUGGAAAUUCAUUCAAGCGGAGGAAUAUGCUUUGUCCGGCAAAGCAACUCCGAGUAAAGAGGUCAGACCUCCGGCCUGGAGAGAUGAAGGGCAGAACAGGAAAAGAUUUAAGCCUGCACAGAAUCGAGGCCCAUUCCCGUCUAGGGACCACUACCAUACCACGGAGGAAUGCCAAAGCCUGAAGUCAGAACUGGAGGGCUUAGCUCGGAAAGGCAUGCUCAAUGAGUACGUCUCUAAAGGGGAUCAGCCUAAAUUCGUCCGGGAACAAGGACGGCCUCAGGCACCUCGAGAGGCAAGCAACAGGGUCGGUGUUGGCUACCAACAAGCACCACCUCCACUACCCCCACCCUCACGUAUCAUUCAUAUGAUCACAGGGGGGUUAGAAGCUGGCGGAAUAAGCUCAAAACAGCAGAAGUUGUAUGUUCGGGAAGUCAAACAUCAGAACCGGGUUCAAAAGAGGAAAUUUGAUGAGACAGAUUGGAAGAACCAACCCAUAACUUUCAGCGCAGUUGAUUUUGAUGGUGUUAUCACCCCACACAAUGAUCCGCUUGUCACCUCGGUCAUUGUUAACAACUGUGAAGUCCACCGCAUCCUUGUUGACACAGGAAGCGCUCCGGACAUAAUGUAUUAUCAUUCUUUGGAGAGCCUAAGUCUUGACUCAGCUCUCCUACAGAAAUAUGACGGCCCUAUCUACGGCUUCAACAAUCAACCAGUCCCUGUGGAAGGAAUACUCACGCUCAAGGUAGCCUUCGGUUCAGGUCGAACAUAUGUUACUCCGUCAGUUCGGUUUUUGGUCGUAAAGAUGGCAUCCUCUUUCAACAUUGUCAUCGGAAGGCCAACCUUGACAGAAAUCCGAGCUGUUGUUUCGCAGUCCCACAUAUGCAUGAAAUUCCCCACCCCUAUGGGAGUAGCAACUCUGAGAGGUAAUCAAGAAGUAGCUCGGCACAGCUAUAUGACCUCGGUCACUUUACCUUGGAGAGAUAAGCUAGUAACUCCAGCUCCAAUUCAGUCAGAGAUGCCACCCGCGCAGCAGGUGAUGGGUAUAGAGCUGCCAGACAAUAAACGUGAGGGCGACGCCAGAGCAACCCCAACAGAAGAGGUGGAAGAAAUACAGCUUGACCCCAAUGACCCCACCAGAAAAACACAGAUUGGCACUAAACUCAACCCAGAAGAGAGGGAAGAACUCAUUGACUUCCUGAAGUCGAACAGGGAUGUCUUCGCCUGGACCUCGGCAGACAUGCCUUGGAUACCAGCCUCGGUUGCAGUUCACAAGCUCGGCACCAACCCUUUGAAAAAACCUGUAACACAGAAAAGGCGUCUGUUCAGGGGAGAGAGGCUACAAGCAAUCAAAGAAGAAGUGCAGAAGCUCUUGCAAGCAGGCUUUAUUAGGAGGGUAGACUAUUGUGAAUGGGUCACCAACCCCGUCCUUGUCAAGAAGUUAAACGGAAAAUGGCGGCUGUGCAUUGAUUACACCAACCUCAAUGAAGCUUGCCCAAAAGACUACCACCCCUUGCCGAACAUAGACAAGCUAGUAGAGGCCGCAUCUGGGAAUGAAAGGCUCAGCCUUUUGAAUGCUUACUCGGGAUAUCACCAGGUCCACAUGGCACCCGAGGACGAAGUAAAAACCUCUUUCUAUGCUGGAGAUGAGAUUUAUUAUUAUGUCAUGAUGCCGUUCGGACUCAAAAAUGCAGGAGCCACAUACCAAAAAAUGGUGACCAUUGUGUUCCGAGCUCAAAUUGGCAGGAAUUUGGAAGUUUAUGUUGAUGACAUAGUGGUCAAGAGCCUCAGAGCAGAAGAUCACCUGACCGACCUGGGGGAGACAUUUGAUAACUUGAGAAGGCACAUCAUGAAACUGAAUCUGGCCAAGUGCGUCUUUGGAGUUGAAUCUGGAAAAUUCUUGGGAUUUCUGGUCUCUAGGAGGGGAAUAGAGGUCAAUCCUGAAAAAAUAAAGGCGAUAGAAGAAAUGAAACCGCCGAAGUCAAUCAAAGAUGUACAACGCCUAACUGGGCAGGUGGCAGCCCUGCACAGAAAGGCGAAACCGGGAAACCCAGAAAGUUUGAGUGGACUCCGGAGUGCCAAACCUCUUUCGAAGAGCUCAAGGCAUACCUCAGCUCACCCCCCUAUUAACCAAAGCCGAAGAGGGGGAGACACUUUGCCUCUACCUCGAAAUCUCAGAUACAGCAGUCAGCUCGGUUUUGAUAAGGGAAACAGCACGGUUACAGAGGCCAGUCUAUUAUGCAAGCAAAGUGCUGUAGGGGGCCGAAUUGAGACAGAUUUUGCAGAAACCAGAAUGUUCAGGCAGGCUCAUCAAGUGGGCAGUAGAGUUGGGAGAGUUCCAGAUCACCUUUCAGCAGAGGUCAUCAGUCUGAGCAAAGGGGCAGGAGCUGGCGCGGUACUAAUUGGACCUGAGCACUUCCGAAGUAAGCAUGCUCUGAAGUUCAACUUCGAAGCAACCAACAACAUGGCCGAAUAUGAGGCCCUUCUGCUCGGAAUUCGUCUUGCGGCCAAACUGAAAGUCACAUCUCUCCAGGAUGGAACUGUCCCAAUCGAUAAGCAAGAGGAGCUGAAGCUACGGAGAAAAGCGUCAAGAUACGCCUUGCUUGAUGGCAUCCUGUAUAAAACGUCCUACUCACUUCCCCUUCUCCGCUGUUUAACCCCCUAUGAGGCCGAGUAUGCUCUCCGCGAAGUACACGAGGGUGUAUGUGGAAGCCAUGUCAGAGCUCGGACUUUGGCUCAUAAGGUGCUUCGUCAAGGGUACUACUGGCCCAACAUGCAGGAGGAUGCCACACAGUUUGUACAGAAGUGCCAAAAGUGUCAAUUCUUUGCACACCUAACCCACCAGCCAGCAGAAGAACUCACAAACUUAGUGGCACCAUGGCCUUUUGCCCAAUGGGGGCUGGAUCUGCUGGGUCCUUUUGUCAAAGGUGUAGGGGGAGUAACACAUCUGGUUGUGGCGGUCGACUACUUCACAAAAUGGGUCAAAGCACGACCCCUGUCCAGUCUGACCUCGAGAAGGAUUGAAGAUUUUGUCUUCAGUGCAAUCAUCUGUCGAUACGGCAUAACGAAUCGAAUUGUCACCGACAAUGGGCCUCAGUUCAAUUGCACCUCUUUCAGGGAUUUCUGCUCCAGCUACGGAAUUAAAUUACUAUUCACUUCGGUUUAUCACCCUGAGACUAAUGGAAUGGUCGAAUCGGUGAACAAAGCUAUUCUAGAAGGAAUUAAGCCGAGGUUGGACCAACUCAAAGCCAAAUGGGCAGACGAGCUCAACAACGUAUUGUGGGCCUACCGAACUACCACCAGGACGGCUACAGGCGAAACGCCCUAUCAUCUGGCUUUCGGGACUAAGGCAGUCAUUCCCAUUGAACUCGGCGUCCCGAGCUUAAGAGUUAGCUAUUUCGACUCAACCCGAAAUGACCUGCCACUCCGGGAAGACCUUGACCUCUUGGACGAAGUCCGCGAGCAGGCUCGACUUCGGACAAUAGCAUAUAAGCAGAAGAUCGCCAACUUUUAUAACAAACGAGUUUGACCUUGAAGCUUCAAGAUUGGUGACCUCGUCCUCAGAAAGGCAGGACUCACCGGCUUCAAAACCCGCUUCGGCAAGCUAGCACCAAACUAGGAAGGCUCAUAUGUAGUGGCCGAAGUACCCCAUUCCGGCGCUUACGUACUUCAAGACGUCGAGGGUAAAAGGAUCCCUAGAGUAUGGAAUGUAAACAAUUUAAAAAAAUUCUACUCUUAAUAAAGCUCAUUCUCGUUC